AUGAUUAGACCCGCCCUUCUCCUCUCCACCCUCUGCACAGUAUUUCACUCGAUCUAUUCGUGGCCUGACGGUGCACCGUGUGUACACGCCGCUUUCGAAUCAAUGAAUCCACUAGAAGCUGUGGAGCAUCAGGGUGGACUUCAGCUAACUGCACCGCCUUAUGAGAUUGCAGUGGAUCAGAAGUGCUAUUGGAGGAAUCAACCGAUUGGAUGUGAGUUUGGGCCUAAUUUUAGGCCUGAAAAAGCCUGAUUUUUAGUUUAAGCCUAAGGCUGAUGUUAAGCCUAAAAAGCCUAAUUCUAGGCCUGAAAAAGCCUAUUUCUAAGCCUGAAAAAGCCUACUUACAGUAACCCUGCAAGGCCUCAACGAAAGUGUGUGGUUUAAAGGAUUCGUGAUUCAACCGUACUCCUGGAGUAACGAUCAACUAGGAAAACGGUAUGUGCCUUUAAAGGCCUAGACCUAGGCCUAAGCCUAGGCUUCUUGGGCCGCGGCCUAAAAUGAAUUCUUUAAGAAUCGGUCAACUCGUUCGAUUGGACGACAAUGGCUCGUGGCAACAACAGUGUUUCAGGUACGGUGCGGAAUUUUCCGCGUCGCGGAAGCUUCGCUGAAAGAGACGCUUAUUUUUGCAGAUACAAAGAUUCGGCCACACAUUCUCACGAUGAGAAGAAGAAGCAUAUGAAAAUGUGGUGGAAACACGACGAGGAAUCGGAGACUGUGCAAUUUGUGUGAGUUCUGAGCUCUGGAGCUCGAAAAAUUCGACAUUUUCGGCUUAAAAUCCAUCAGAAAUCAUGAUUUUUGAUGAAAAAUGUGAAAUCUGGAGCAUUUUUCGGCCAAAAAUACCUACUAAAAUUCGUGAUUUUCGAUGAAAAAUGAGCUGUGGAGCUGGAAAAUUUGGGAUUUUUUCUGAGACUCAAUAAGCCUUUGUUACUGUAGAAUUUUUUGGCGCCAAAAAUUUAAAUCCUUGAAAAUUUCUAAAUUCCACCUUCAAUCAAAAAAAAACCGCGGGCGCAUCAUUUAAAUAUGACAAUUUACCCAGCGUAACAAAAUGCACACACGUGCGAGUGGUCCAAGGCGCUCGCGGCGAGCACAAGGUCAGGGGUUCGAGUUUUGCCGGUGGCGAACAUUUUUUUUUCUUAUAGAAUUUGGCAUCAUUUUGAGCGGAAUUUUCGGGAAAUGUUGAAAAUGCCCGCGGGCACCGGGAAUCGAGCCCCCAACCUUUUUGGACAAGGAUUUUCAACUUGAAAAUCUUUAAAUUUCCAGCGCAACAGUCGUCCGGCACCAAACCCAAUUCUGGGUGAAAUCCGUCCGCUCUCGUCCGCUUCCGCCUUGCCGGCUGAACCGCGACGGAUUUCCCGCCUACCAGGCUCCGCUUCCGACAAUUCCACCGCCAGUCAAACAAUUCAAAAUGGAGACGUUCAAAGUGUUCGACAGCAUUGUGCGUAAACCACAAUAUAUACAGCGUAGACGCCACGAGAACUUGCCUUAGGGCCUUAGGGCCUUGGGCUUUAGGCCUGGGGCUUUCGAGCUUUCGGGCUUUUUCGGGCUUUAUGUACACUUUUUGUUGCUCAUAUUAGCUUUGCUUGUUUUUGUCCAUUUUUUUUCGUUCUUGCCACGUGUAAAUCAGUUUUUCCGCUUUUGCACGGUGUUUUUUGCAUGACAAAAAAAACAUUUUUGAAUUUUUUCUAGGGAGCUCAGAUUCUGGAGCAACAACAACAACAACAACGACAAUCUCAACAGAAUACUCAGGUCAAGAUUUUUUUUUUUAAUUUUUUUUCAAUUUUUAAAUUAAUUUUUGGGCAAAUUUUGAAUGGGACCAUCGAAAACCGAAAGUCGGACCGAAAAAAUCGAAUUUUUUGUGAAAAAUUGAGCUUUGAACCGAUUUUUCGAGCCCCAGGCCGAAAAAACCGGUUGCAGACCGAAAAAAUCGGAUUUUUUCUGAAACAUUGAGCUUUGAACCGAUUUUUCGAGUCCCAAACCGAAAAAAUCGAUUCGAGACCGAAAAAAUCGGAUUUUUGUGAAAAAUUGAGCUUCGAACCGAUUUUUCGUGUCCCAAACGGAAAAAAAUAGGUUCCAAAUCGUAAAAAUCGAUUCCAGGCCGAAAAAAUCGAUUUUUCGAUGGUCCCAUUCAAAAAUCCCAUUUUUCGCGGCAUGUCAAAACAGCAUGUCCCUUUAAAAAUGUAAAAUUUUUGUCCCAUGUCCCUUUAACCCUCCAAAAAUCUUCAGCCGCAGCCAAUUUCGACGUCGCCGCAAAUGUCGAGAAUUAUUCCGGUUGAAGGUAUGGAAAUUAUGCACAGACGUAUGUAAGAGAGACUAGACUAGAGUGUAGUUUAGGAUAAUGAAAUGUAGUUUGAAGACUAGAUUCUAGUUUGCAAUUCUAGGGUCUAAAGUCUAGCUAGAGUCUAGUAUCCUAAACUAGACUCUAGCUCACAAUUACAUAAAGACUAGAGAACCAUGAGAGAGUGCAGAGAAAAAUUCAAACCAAAAUCUACAGUACCCCUAGGAAAAAUCUUCAGAUCGCUCAUCAUCUGCCUCAGCAUCUUCACCAACACAAAGGUACAGUAAACCAGCGAGUACUGUAGAUACAGUACUCAUUUCCAGAACCUUCCAACAAAUCCCGCCAAGACCCAGACAGCGAAUCAUUUCUCAACAACCACAGCCAGUGUUCAGACGACGAGGGCAGGUUAGAGUUUUUUUUUAGGCUACCAGAAAUGCGCCAGCAAAUCUAGAAGCUACUAGGAAUGCGUCAGCAAAUCUAGAAGCUACUAGAAAUGCGUCAGCAAAUCUAGAAGCUACCAGAAAUGCGCCAGCAAAUUUAGAAGCUACCAGAAAUGCGUCAGCAAAUCUAAAAGCUACCAAAAAUGCGUCAGGGAAUCUAGAAGCUACUAGAAAUGCGUCAGCAACAAUUUUGGCGCCAAAAUUCGAUUUUUCAGUUUUCCACAACUCGCCAGCCUCAACAACAAUUUGGAGGUGGAGCAAUUGGAGCCGGUGGUGGACGUGAGUUUUUCCCAAAAUAUUCAGAUUGCUCAUAUUAGGGCCCCGGGCUUGUUUGGGCUCAAAAAACGUGGAAUUUUUUCUAGAUUUCAAAUCCCGCUCCCCAAAAAAUCCCCACCUUCUUCCAGAAUGUUCCGACCGCGAUCCGCAAGGCCGCUGUCAACAAUGGUCCGCCUUCUGCCGCUCUCCAUCACAUCAACGCUAUCUUUCCGCGUUUUGCGCGCGGACUUGCCGCUUCUGCUAG